CGCACUUCUAAAUUCCACCCACCACUUCCUCUUCCUUUCACAAAUAACCACUUUUAUUUUCAUUUUCUUACUUCCAAACAAAAAUAUAUAAAAAAAUCCCCCACCCUCCUCCCUCCGCCACCGCCGUCGAAUGACAGAUUACCGCCUCCCCUCCGCCGCGACGAUGAAUCUCUGGACCGACGACAACGCCUCCGUGAUGGAAGCCUUUAUGAAUUCCGAUCUCUCCGCCCUCUGGCCGCCGCCUCCUCCGCCACCUCAUCACUCCUCUUCCACCUCCACUUCCACCCCCGCCGAUCCCAUCAAAUCUCACCACCCUCCCCCGCCGCCGACGCCCUCCCUUCCGCCGCCGCUCUUCAAUCAGGAAUCCCUCCAGCAGCGCCUCCAGGCGCUGAUCGACGGGGCGAGGGAGAACUGGACCUACGCCAUCUUCUGGCAAUCGUCCUACGAUUUCUCCGGCGCCUCCGUGUUGGGAUGGGGCGACGGGUACUAUAAGGGGGAAGACAAUAAGGGGAAAGGGAAAUUGAGGAAGAAUACCAGCACGGCGGAGCAGGAGCACCGGAAGAAGGUCCUCCGGGAGCUCAAUUCGUUGAUCUCCGGCCCCAACGGCGCCUCUGCCGACGACGCGGUGGACGAGGAAGUUACGGAUACCGAGUGGUUCUUCUUGGUCUCCAUGACCCAGUCGUUUGUGAACGGGGUCGGGUUGCCGGGUCAGGCUUUCUUCAACGGGUCUCCCGCCUGGUUGGUCGGGUCGGACCGCAUGACCGCCGCUCCCUGCGAGCGGGCGAAGCAGGGGCAAGUGUUCGGCCUCCAGACAAUCGUCUGCAUCCCGUCGGCCAACGGCGUCGUCGAGCUCGGGUCGACGGACCCGAUUUACCAGAGCUCGGAUCUGAUGAACAAGGUUAGGGUUUUGUUCAAUUUCAGUGGUAGCGGCGGAAUCGAAAGUUCCUGGGCUCCGCCGCCGCCGACCCCGUCGAAUCACGACCAGGGAGAGAACGACCCGUCGUCGCUCUGGAUCACGGACCCGGAAAUGAAGGACGGCGGCGGAAACAAUAGUAACAACAACAACAACAAGACCUCCUCCGCCGCGGCUACCACGGUGGCUCCGUCGUCCAGCGGUGGAAACCCUAAUCACCACCACCACCACAACAAUUCUUACCCUAGCUCAAGCAGCUUGACGGAGAAUCCUAGCGGAAUCCAUAACCAGAACCAAACGCAGAGCUUCUUCACACGCGACUUGAACUUCGGCGAGUACACCGGAAUUGGGGGAAACAACAACAACAACCGGAAUGGGAAUUCGAUUCUGAAGCCAGAAUCCGGCGAGAUUCUUAAUUUCGGGGAUAGCAAGAGAAGCUCAUCAAGCGGGGGGAAUGGAAAUCUGUUCUCCGGCAGCCAUAACCAUAAUCCACAGCUGGAAGAGAGCAACAAGAAGAAGAGAUCCCCGACUUCCAGGGGGAGCAACGACGAAGGGAUGCUCUCAUUCACUUCCGGCGUAAUCCUGCCUUCCUCCGGCACAGCCAAAUCCACCGUCGCGGCAGACUCCGACCACUCCGACAUUGAAGCAUCCUUUGUCAGGGAAGUAGACUCCAGUCGAGUCGUGGAGCCUGAAAAAAAACCUAGAAAGCGAGGGAGGAAACCGGCCAACGGCAGGGAAGAGCCACUGAACCACGUCGAAGCAGAGAGACAAAGGCGUGAGAAGCUGAACCAGAGAUUCUAUGCUCUAAGAGCAGUAGUUCCCAAUGUCUCUAAAAUGGACAAAGCUUCCCUCUUGGGAGAUGCCAUUUCCUACAUCAAGGAGCUCCGACUGAAGCUCCAGUCUACAGAAUCUGAGAAGGACGAGCUCCAGAAGCAGGUCGAGUCGUUGAGGGACGAAUCGUCAUCUCAUCCUCAGCAGCGGCCACCACCAGAUAAUCAAGAUCUCAAGUCAUCUAACUCGUCAAGCACUAACAGCUCGCAGAUCGAGAUGGAGAUCGAGGUGAAGAUAAUUGGAUGGGAUGCUAUGAUAAGGGUACAAUGCAGCAAGAGGAACCAUCCAGCAGCUAGACUAAUGGCUGCUUUGAAAGAGCUGGAUCUAGAUGUCCACCAUGCGAGUGUCUCGGUAGUAAAUGAAUUGAUGAUCCAGCAAGCGACGGUGAAGAUGGGGAGCCGAUUCUAUACCCAGGAGCAGCUCAGGUUAGCUUUGUCUAACAAAGUUGGUGACUUUCGAUAGUGGCAAGUAAGUUAAGCUGCAGCAAACCAGCUGGUUUGUUGUAUGUUCAUUGAGAUUGCACCAGUUUUGGGGACAAUUUUAUUAGGGCAGAGGAAGUGUAAACUAGUGUUGUCUUAUUUUGGCAUAUUUUUGGUCCUAGUGUAAUAUUAUUGAGUUUGAGAAGCAGAUAUAAGCUUAGGUUCUGAUUGGCAUGAUUAGAGGUAGCAACUAGCAAGUAUUAUGAAUGUAUUAGGUGUUUGUUACUGCUGCUGCUUCCUCUUCUUCCCCACUGAAGGGAAGAUGAGAAAGGGGAGGAAAGACUGUUUUUUGUUGCAACAAAAAAAAAAGCUCUGCCUCUGUAACUUUGUCAAAAUAUUGGGUCUUGAUAUGGUGUAUAUACAGUAAUAAUCAAUCAUAUUGUUGUUGUGAAGCUGAUGAAUUUAUUGAUACUUCUUAUUCUCAUUACUGUGUGGAAAUGUAUGGUAUCUGUUUCUCUUUCCACAACCACUGAAUUCUCACUAGUUUAAUCCAGUUUGAGUCGUGCAAAGCUGGUAAGAACGAACGAUUAAGCUCUCAAUAUCAAAGUGUCACUGCACUUUGAAACUCUUCAAUCUCAGUUGUGGUGCCGGUUGGUGUAAGACUACUGAAUUGUUGGGGAAGCAAUACUUGGCUGUGUGGCUCUCAUCACCAGUUGAAUCCAGUUUGGGGUAGAGCGAGAUUGAGCUCGCUGCGAAAACUAACCUCUGAUUAGCUCAUGUUAGAGAGUAGCCUGACAUUUCUGGUUUGUGGUUGAUGAGACAAGGAAUGACAGAAAGGUUUGCAGAAAGGUUCUGGUGAAGCAAGACUUGCCUGAUAUGGGUUUCUGUGUGGGAAACUCAUGGUUGUUUGGGUUGAAUGACUCGCCAUUUUCAGCAGUGGGAGAGUGGAAACCAACAUCACAUGCUAUUAAUUUCUAUGCUGGAUAGGGUAAAAAAGGGUGGAGCUUUCUGAUAGGGUUGUUGGAUGACGAAUUGGCAAAGAUCUCUUGUUGUUUUUCUAAAAGGGUUUCUGGGAUUUUGCGGUGGAGAAGAGAAGAGAAGGAAGCAUGUGAGUGAGUGGGACUGUGAUUGCAGAGAGCAGAGCAGAAUUAUGAUUGGUCGCUGUUCUUGCAAUUAUCGUAUGGGGACAAUUUUCUUUUUCUUGGGUGAUGAUGGUGGUGGCCUGGUGGGAUUAAUUGCCGUUUCGGUCACUACUUUUAUAUUCAUUGUUCAUUUGCCUCACCAAAUUCUUCUGCUUGCAACCAUUGGUUUCUAGAAGGUGAUUGGUGAAGUACACUUAAUUAGUUUAGCUUCCCAAAUACUUAUGCGACUUUCUUAUUUAGUUAGUUUAGUAAUCAGUCUAUGGUGGUGGAAGUGCUGGCCUUGCGCGAGGCUUUAGGUUGGUGUCUGGCGAAUGGGGUCUCGGAAGUUUGCUUUGAAGGGGACGCCAAAGUGGUCAUAGACAAGAUCAAUAGGGCGGAGACUGGUGAUAUUAGGAUGGGUGCGGUUUUGGAAGAGGUGGUUAAUUGUUUUGCAUUGCAUCCGGGGUUUAGUGUUCGAUUUGUAGGUCGCUGUCACAAUAGGGUAGCCCACUUGGUGGCUAGGAAGGCCCUUUCAUUGUUUCCGACUGCAAGUUGUUUGUUUGAUUUCCAGACCUGGCUGUGCUCCAGGAUGUAACUAUCCUUUGGUUGAUUCUAUAUAUAUGAAUAUCUUUUGUCAAAAAAAAAAUCAGUUAAUAUGCUCACUGAUUUUCAUAUUACAUUUUGAAGCAUGAAUUCAUGCCAAAUUAUGUGAGUCCUAGUGUCCUACCAUUAAUUCAUACGAGCCAAACAAUGAACGAGUUCUGACAAAUCAAUUUACAAUUUACAAUAUACAUGAGUUCUCUUUUAACGCAUGAAUUCUACGUUACAUGCUUACCACGCAACCCCUUAAGUUAAUGAACUUAAAAUGUUCAU